AUGGACACUCUCCUGAAACUUCACAACCAGGACCCAUCGGGAGCCACUCUCAGGAACCACCUGGAUGAAGUCGACUCUGGUCAGGACCAGAUUUCAAACUUGAUAGCAGAGAGCUUUCGGGAAAAAGGACUCGCGUUCAACGGGAGUGAAUAUGGCGCAGACUGUCUGCAACUUGUUCGAGCUAUCUUGCGAGCCUCGCCAGAGGAAGGAGAAUCGUCAAGCAGGCGAUCGCAGGUCAUCAAAGGAUGCAUCUCAUGGCUUAUCCAAGUAGGAGACGAAGAGACUGGCGGAACAAGUGCCAUUCAGCUGGAGGAGGUUACAGGGAAACUGGUCAAUAUCCUUAUUGACGUUGGUCACUCGUUCGACGCGGAUGCCUUGGUCCAAUCGAUCUACACUAUGACCGAGGCCGUCAGGAACCAGCGCCACCCUAAUCGCCAACUUUUCGCACUCUUCUCCCGGAUGUUGGUGAUUGCAGCAAACCUCGGCACUGUUCUCGUCCCGGACUCUUCGGAGGAAAUCUCAGGAAACGAAUUCAAGGAUAUUAUUCUGGACCGGAUAUUCACUUCACCGUGGAAUCGCAAGAGCGUCGUACCCCUGGCAUCCGCACUAGCAGAUGUUGAGAUGGAGAGCCAACAGUUGGAGAUGGCGAUUGUCAAGAUCAUGAAGCAGUUCAAGCAAGUCGAUGCUGCAGACCUUCCGAUUCUGCUCCACAAUCUCCUGUCACUCUCAUCUAAAGGUCACCAACAAUUGGUACUGAGGGGAACGCUGGAGUUUUUCGACCGAUUGAACGCAGGAGGGCACAUUUCUGAUAGUCUUCGUUCAGAGAACACCAAGGACGUGGCACAUUUGGAGUUCAAGGAUCUGACUGCUAUAGUGAGCGCCAUCAUCCUCCACUUCAGCUACGCCGUUGGACAGGAUCAGGAACUGGGAACAGAGCUCUUGAAGCACAUGAAGAAUGGAAAGACGGCGUACCUUUCGUCAUUCUCGCUGGCGUGUCUUUUGACUAUGACGAGGAUCCACCGCUUCGAGGAUAGCGUCUUGGACUAUCUCAAGUCGUCCAUUUUGACAGUGUUCAGAGAUCAGGAGAGAAUGCAAAAGGAUUCAUGGGUGCUCCAAUUCGAGGGCAUGUCCCCACCUCCAAUCCUGGACAUGUUUUACGAUAUCAUUCGAAAGCUUCCGUUUGAUCUGGAGCAGUUGACGCCAAGCGUUGUACAGUGCGGAGUGCAUAUCAUGGAUUAUGCCGCCCCGCCAAGCCCUUGGAAGGCAUCAGACGCGGUCAAGAAACAUGGACCAAAGUCACCAAACGAACGCGCCUGUGAACUUGGAGCAUCUAUCCUUGCGGAAACAUUCAAGACCCAAGCUUCUGCCCGGACAGAGAUUCUCGACUGCAUCAUGUCCCGAAUCGUCAGCAAAUCUUCCAACACUGUUUACUUUCUGGACCUUCUUGAAUCCAUUACCAAGGACAGUCCCGAUGCGUUGGAAGAGCACCUUUCUCGAGUCAAAGAGUCUCUUGAUUACCUCUCCUUUCUCACUCCCUCGACCGCCGUGCGGCUCAUGGCGGCGGUCAAGGAUGUUGCCAAACAGAACCGCCCGUUCCGCGACAGCCUGAUUCUCAUUCUUCGAAAGUCCUUGUUCUCAAAGAACUUGGAAAGUCGACAGGUUGCACUCUCAGGUUUUCUUCUCCUGUUGAAGCCAUCAUCAAAGCCUCGACUAAGUAUGCGAGGUGGAUCCAGCCGAUCCAGUAACAUCCAAGGGCAGGAACACGAUCUGUUUGGCUACUCAUUGGAGAUUCUAGGAACACUUCGGCGAUGCUUGGGCCAGCAGGGAGAGGUGCGGCUUUCCCUCUAUCUCGGCUUGAUGGAGAUUGUAGAAGCUAUGCCACAGCUAAACCCCGUCGUCUUUGAGAUCCUCCAGGCACACUUUGCCCACUUUUACGACCCCACGUUCAAUCGAAUGGCGCCGCUGAAGCUGGAAGAGUGUGUUGGUCAGGCGAGAACUGGAGGAGAACCUACCUUCGUUGAGCCACUUCAGUAUCUGAUGAGCGGAGUUGUCCGCUCCCUCAUCGGUUUAGAAAAGCUCAAGAGAAAGGCACCUCACACCCAAGCCAUAUCGGCGGAUGACCAGCUGGUGGAGGAGUGUGUUCGAGAUCUGGAUAACAUCCUCUUGGGUCUCGAACGCGCGGGAUUGGAGGACUUUGCACUCGACAAGACGUCUGACUUUAGUAUGGCAAGCAACAUUGGCGCUCGUAACAACAUGUAUGCUACGCUGUUAAAUGGCUGCUACGAGGCUGCGAUCGAGUUUGUGGUGUUGAGGCAAUCGUCUCAAGGCGAAACCUCUGCUUCAAACGGUAAAGGUAUUGCUCACAGCCGCCAGAGCUCGUCAGACCGUCAGUUUCAAUCCAUGACCCUCAACGCUGGAUGUUCCGAUUUGAUUCUGCACUUGUUUGGCAAGAUGCGCAAGCUUCACGAUAUUGUCAAAGAUAAGGUCGUUAUGCAGCGAGGCAAAAAGUUGGGUCCACUCGGCGAGUCAUCGGCACUUGGAGUUGAGUGUGUGACAAAGCUGGUGGAGUGUAUGUUCGCAGAGCCUACCGACGGUGAAGAACCAGAUGCAGAAGCUCUCAGACUCAAAUCAAACGACGAGUUUUUGGUUUAUAUCACGACAGUCAUUCAAGCUUUGCUGACAAGGCUGCACACCUCUGCAGAGUCGCUGAGCGACAAUGAUUAUGACUACUGCAGGAGACUCACGAGCGUACUGGUACGUGAGUUCAUUGUCAGCGAGAGACCUGAUGGACCCAAGGCCAUGGCGGCAGGAGCGAAGGGCAAGGAUAAGAACAAGUCCUGGUUGAUGUCUGGAAUCGAGGCGCUCACAGCUGGUCUGAUGACCGUUCAACGAUUCUACCCUGUUAAUCCCUCGGUAAUGGGUACCACAUCCGAAUCUCUUCACAACCGCAAGGUUGUUGCCGGGUUCUUGGCUGCAACACUGCCUCAAGCCAAUGGUGGCCAUGGACGUGAUCAGCGAGCGUCGGAUGUGGUUGCCUGGACCACUUCACGGACGAUCCGUAACGAUGUCGACAGUCUUGCGGCUGCCUACAUUCAAUACUUGCAGGAGCUGCUGGUUAUGUUUGUGAACGAGACUAUCCCUCUGUUGAAAGAGGCCGUCGGUGUUCUCCAAGUGAUCCAAGUCCUCUCGCAAUAUCUCUCACGAUCUAGCGAUCUCGACAGCCAGGGUGGCCAACAAGGUGCCGGCAACUCAGGUCUCUCCCGCGCCAGCUCGACACUGAGUACGGACUCUACAUCGUCCGGACCAAGUCAAUUGGAUAUGCUAGUCCAUUGGUUGGUGAAACUAUGCAGGGAUCAGGCAGUGGACGACACGACGUUGACGAAGGCAUUGCUGUCGAUGAUGCUACAGUUGGAGCAAGAGUGCAUGACCCCUCAAGCGAACGCGGACUUGUUGGCAGUUGAUGAUAUUCCAAAUGGUUCAGCGUCCAACGUCAAGCCCACCAUGGGACCCGUCUCUCUCGGUUUUGGCAGUGUUACAGCAUCAUCCGUGGUUGCACAGUGCCCCGAGACUGCCACACGGUUGCGCCUGGCAGCAGAUAUCUUGCUCACUUAUGGCAUGAACCAUGGCGGUCCCAAUUUGCCCAGUCUCCGAGACUUGCCGGACGAGAUCCCACAAGGAGAAGGUGUGGAGGAAGGCAUCAUGCGGCUGUUCAAUUUGAAAAGGGAAAUUGGUAUCGAGGCUCGGUUUUCGGUCGUGACCAUACGGACGUCCGGUGUUGUCGCGGAUGUCCUGUUGCAGCAAGUCGAGCGUUCGCUCGAAGGCCUUGAAUGGGCCUUGGGCAAACUCCGAUUCUGCGGAUUGGCUCAAGCAGGCUCUGACCUUCCAUGCCCUAAGCAUUCGACAAACGGCAGCCAUGCACAGCUCCACGAGUCACCGUCACCGCACUCUGAGGCCCAUGGGUUGUGCCUUUCUGGUGAAUGCAAGGUUACGAUGGGCAAGAAACCCUUCCAGGAGUUUGAGGGCGAGAUCUGUUGGCGAGUUGAGGCUUGUCUCUGGGUCCUAGUCCGUAUCUCACAGUCGUGUAUCAAUCAGGCAACCUCGGAGCACUUGAUUCGGGUUCUGCAGCGAUGCUAUAAGGUUCUAACGGCCCUGACUAAGCAUUACCUGAAACCAGCAACGGUGUCGCCUCUGAACCUGUUCCCUAUGGUGUCGUCUGGUCCAGGGUUGUCUCUUUCCGCUACAAAGUUGAGGAGCAAGGGAGGACAGAACAAGGCCAGUGCGGGGGUGAUUCAACUGCCACAUGGUUUCCUUCGUGUUACGCAAGUUGCGGGAAUGGAGCUCUCUGUCCAUCUAUACACGUUCCUAAGUUAUUUCCAAAUGUUGGACGAGGAGCGAAGGAGCCGAGAUCACGAACGUCAAACAAGAGGCAAGAAGGGCAAAGGUGGUGCUAAGGAGGAUGACAAGGGCAAGGACCCUAUGAAUGAUGAUGAGGGGGGCGUUCCCAAGAACAAGGUAGGAGGAGGAGCAACUGGCGGUCGAGGUGGUGGUGGUGUUGGGGGGAGUGCAAAGUCCCGUCAAAAGGCCAAGAUUUUGCGGGAGUCCAAGUUGAUUCCGACGUUGAUUUAUGGGGUGGAGCAGUACGAGCGGUUUGUGAUCCAGCUUAGCAAGAAAUCCAAGGUUCAUCUGACGCAAUUUAUGAGACGCAGUACAGCGCGAGAUUUCCGGAUCCAGAUUCAGCGGCUCGGAGACCUGGGUUUGGAGGACCAAUACGACGAAGAGCGACAGCUUGAGCAGCUGCAGCUGCAGGAGCAGGAGCGAGAGCAAGAGCAAUUGCAGAUACUGCAGCAACAGGGACAUCAUCAGCACGAGGAAAGAGAAGGAGAUGUCGAUAUGGAGGUGGAUGAUGACGACGGUUUGGCUCAGGACGAAGAUGAGGGAGAAGAAGAGCAAGACGAGGAAGAAGAAGAGACGCUCCACAAUCGCAAGCGCGCUCGUCGUACUUGA